AUGGGUGGAUUACAAUACCCACGGAUCGGAUCGAAUGUGUCGGAUUUGCGCACAACCACACCACAGGACCACCUGGCCAAUGGGAACGGUGUCUUCGCAAGCAGUCAGUCUGCGGCCAAUGAGAUUCAGGGUGCAGAGAUUAACAAGCGCACAGCGGAACCCUGUGCAAAUGGCGUCUCCAUAAUUUCCGGUCUCCGUUCGGCCAAAACUGGCGAGACCAUGUGGAGUACUACCGACGAGAUGCUCGUGAUUACGAUGACUACUGUAAAGUCCUCGUCGGCGGUUGAUUAUGUGAGCCUUUUUAUACCAGAUGAGGUAAUCUCGCUGGGCGGUGGGCUAGACGAACCGACAGUUCGCCUUACCAAAGGCGAAACCUCCCCAGAGCGCGUCCACGAGGGUGGCACACUCGAGUCGAUGUGUUAUCUGGAGGAUGAAAGAGAUGAGGAAAAUUAUCAAUUCACCUGGAUUAUGCGCAAGGCUGGAGAAGAUAAGGUCAUCUCCGAGGGCAAAAAUCUCUACCUACCCAAUGUAAACGCCGACACGUUCAGAGAUCCCAUCUUCUGCAUCGUUGAGCGUUUGGACGACGGCGAGGUCUUUGAGAAACAGAUCGCUGUUGAAUAUUAUGGUCCAACACAGACACGAAAUUUGGAGAUUCGACCUAUGCCGUCGGAGGACAUGGCAAGCGGUCGCGUGGUACGCAAAUGCGAAGUGGUGCCAACUCCACCGCCUAACGAAAUCUGGGAAUACACCUGGUCGGAUCCCAGUGGACGCAUUGUCUCCGCCGGCGAUAUCCUCUCCAUCACGGUUACAGGAGAACAGCCCUCGGUGACGUAUACUUGCAGGGCUAAAAACCUGCGCACCAACGACUAUCUGCUCGGCCACUUUACCGUCCACGCCAGAAAUGUUCCAGGCUCAAUAAGCUACAGCACGCUAAUUGAACCGAUUUCACGAGCGCUGGAGUUCGGUCGACCCUAUGAGGCCCGAUGCAAAGUUCAACCACCCCCUCCAGAACCGGUAGCAUACACAUGGUACUUCAGGAACCGCGUAGUGAGUGAAUCCGAUCACCUCUACCUUCCUGACUUCAACCGUGAUACUGCGGGUGAGUACAUCUGCACAGCACGACCUGCUUACAAUGGACGUGGACGCACCUAUGCCAAUGCCACUCUCACCGUUCGCCUCAAGGCCUCCAGUGAGCCUCGUACUGAACUCCGUAGACCUCCAGGUUCAACUCUAAUCACCAACGUUGGUGAGAGACGUGAGCUUCAUUGUGAGAUUCCCAUGAAUGACCGUAAUGCCAUCAGAUGGUAUCUUAAUGGAACUAUCAUUGAUGCGAAUUCCCCUGCUAACCGAACCGGACACCUCCAACGCAUCGACUACAGCCGUGUCAGCAUCAUGUCCAUCGACGGUAUUGAGGAGAACCACGAGGGCCAGUGGGAGUGCAGGACCGAUACUGAGAGGAAAGUUGUGGAUGUUAUUGUUGUUUCCGAAUACGAUCUGGAGGUAAAUCCACCGCUGUACGUACUGAAUGAAGGAGAGAAAAUGGAAAUCCACUGCAGUGCUCAGGGAGCUCACGAGAUCAGUAAUACAGACCUGGAGUGGUUCUUCCGACCUGUGGGAUCUAGUAGUCUGCAGCCGCUUGAUUUCGGACCUGGAGGUUUUGUUCGAACAGAUGAUCCACGCGCUAGGUAUACCAGUGUCAUCACCAAGUACCACGUCACUGCUCUUGAUGAGGGCGAGUAUGUCUGUCGCGAACCUCGUGGACAGACUGGUUUCAGCAGUCUUCAAAUUCGUAAGCACAUUCGUUUUUCUCCCUUCUUUUCUGCUGUCCAAAUAAAUGAGCAUUUAUCACCACUUUCGGUGCCAUCCACUGCAGACAUAUGCCGACCCAUGCCUCACACUCUACACAUCACACCGGGUGUCAUCAAAGUAAGACCUGGGCAGGAUGUGAAAUUCCUCUGCUACUCUAUGCAACUGGACCGUCGAACUCGUGGACCACGUCCAAAGUUGCGAGCCUAUGAUAGCCGUCUUCCACUUCGCAUUACUGAAACUGCUGAUGACGCCGUCAGCGGUAGUGUCAUUCGAAUUGAUCCUUCCUUCAACGGAACUGUCGUUGAGUGCUACUCCGACAUGCCCAACAUAGAACCGGUGAGAGCUACAAUUCAAGUUGAAGAUGUCUGUCCACCCGGUUAUCGCCGUUGUCGCAAUGGUGAAUGCCUCGAGGCCGGACGUUUCUGUGACGGAAAUCGUGACUGUGCUGAUGGUAGUGAUGAGGAUCAGUCCCUUUGCUCCAUUUGUGAUCCAAUCGUAAUGAAAUGCGAGACGUAUCGUGGUCAACCGCCCCGCAAGUCCUCCUAUAUGGUUCAUUGGCAGUGCGAUGGAGAAGACGACUGUGGUAACGGCUAUGAUGAGGCUAACUGUCAAGACCCGUCAAUUAAUUUCUGCGUGAAGCAGCAGUACACCUGUCCAUCCUCCGGUCUCCAAAUUCCUCGUGCCUUCAUGUGUGACUCCGAUCCUGAUUGUGACCGCAAUGAGGAUGAAGAACAAUGCAGAGAACCACAAAUUCUCGACACUCCAAGAGGUCAGUAUGCUCACCGUCGUGGUGAUACGGUGACCUUGACCUGCGAGGUAGCCGGUCGUCCCAAUCCACGUGUCAUUUGGCGUUUCAACUGGGGCUGCCUGCCUGACGAUGGCCGCCGAAUGACCGUACGCAAUUUUGCGGAAAAUUGUGGAACCCCCAACGAGAAGACCAUCUCCACACUAACAAUUAGCAACUUCAUGCCAGGCGACGAUGGUAUAUACAACUGCGAGGGUCUCAACGGCCUCAAACGCGCGAUGUCACGAGACUACACUGUCAUUCUCACUGACUAA